AUCAGUUCAUGGAGUUUUCUGUUGCCACAACCCCCUUCAAAAAACAUUUUUAAAGAAAACCCCGUACAGAAAAAGAAUACAAGAGGGAAAUGGAGCUAGCAUCAAAAUCAAUGAUUUCAAAUUCCAAAUUCUCCAUACUAAAUCCAAGAAUCCCAAGUGGUAGAACCCAGAUUGCUUCUUCAGUAAAAUUUCCCACUACCCUAAUCAAGAAAAACACAGAGGCUAGCUCUGGAGCCACAAUGCCAACCAUGUCUGAGAUAUUGGCCUCAUCAAGAGCCCAAAACCUUGACCUUCAGCUCCAAACUCUAGGACCCUUUUUCAGAAUCACAGCCAAGAGCUUGGAGACACAGAAGGAGCUUGGCAAGGCUGAGGGACUGAUAAGGUUCUGGCUGAGUGGGAAAAUCCUUCACUUGGAGUCAAUCAGAUUACAGAGAGAGACACUGGGGAUGGAGAAGUCAAUCUUUGGCAUUGGCUUGUUCAUUGGAGCUGUUGCCAUUCGAUACGGCUACGAUUGUGGUUGCAGAACAGCUGAGUUGCUUGCCAUCAAUGACUCUGACAUUUUCCACCACAAGCUUGUCAGGUUCUAUUCAAGAAUCGGAUUCAAGGCUGUGCAUGAAGUAACUGGUUCGACGUUUGGAGACUACGCCCACAUGUUGGUCUGGGGAGGAAUCGGGACCAGAAUGGAUGCCAGUGUUGAAGCACUACUAAUCAAAUGGUGCACCAGGUUCAAAUCUGGAAAGUGAUUCGACCACAAUCGAUUGUUUGAGUUGUUUCUAAUACAUGCAAAUUGCUGAAUGUGAUGGCUGGAACUUUGUACUGAAAUGGAAGUGCUGUCUGAGCAAUAAACAUCAGUUUUCUUCAGCUGGUGUAUUGAUCUGAAGCAGAAGCACUGUUUUAGCCCCUUGGCUUCCAUGUAGCCUAACUUGAUGAGAAAGUUUUUGUGUUUCCCGGAGCUUCCCGCUGCCGUUCAAUUCUGGGCUUGAACUAGAUAAUCAGACAAAAAAAGAAAAACUGGAUGCUCUAAAGUAUUUGUAUGAUGGUGCCAAGGCUCACAUGAGGGGUACAAUAAGUUCCAAGCCGCUGGCGAUGCAAGAGUAGUUUAGAUUUGAUUACCUACAGAAUUAUUGAAGCAUCAGAAUUGAGACUCUUCAUGUAAAUGCCUGCACUGCACUUGGAGAAACAGCUAGAAGCAGUUUUGUACUGUGUCUCCAUACCAAGGGCAAUGCUUGAACUCCCUACAGCUGCUGAAAAUGUUAUUGCAGGGGACUUGUUCAAAGCCAUGGAUGUGGACAGAGCAGCAUAUUCUUGGCGUAUUCGAACCCGGAGCUGAAAUCAAGAUAGUGUUUCAAACCAAAAAUGUCUCAAAUAAAGGUUGGCAGAAGCUAGAAAGCUAUUGUCCUCACAGUAGAAAUUCUGAAUUAGCAGUGACAAUUUUCAAUUUGUUUGAACUUUCUCACUAGUGAUCAGCUGAGCCAGUACAAAAAGGUAAUCAUCUGAGCCAUGAUAAAUUUUUAAGAGUUGUUUUCAGGUCAGAAGUAAUCACAGCAUGAUUGAAUAUGUGUUCUUUUUUUUCCAGUAUGCAAUAAUGAAUGAAACCAAGUACCUUGCUUGAUUGGUAAUCAGGUAAGCUGAAUGAAGCACUAGUCUUCGUGCUUGACAGAAACUUCUUAUUUAAAGUGAGGGUUCCAGUAAUCUGUCAUAACAAGGGGAAAUACAAAAUGCUAAAUACCAACGAAAAGAUUGCAGAACUUUAAACUUUUGAGGUAACAGUAAGAUUGUAUACAGCCAAACCCACUUUUGAAUCCGUAUCAAUUCGACAGUCAAAAUUUGCAUUCUUGUAUGUGUAUGCUCCUGCCACAGCUGCAGUUGAGCAACCUGGCUUCUUUGCCGCGGUUGAAGUAAUUUUCUGAAAACAAUCCAGAACAUACUCAGUUUCUGUUUAACUGCUUGAAGGGAGUGACAUGAUAAGAACAUACCACUCCACCAUCACUGCGGGUUGUGAAGCUAAAUUUCUGGCUCCUGGAAUAUCCACUGGUAAGCAAGUCUACCAAAAGAGGUAAGUUUACGACAAAACUCUAAUAGGCUUCUUGCAAUGCAAGACAAGAAAAAUAGGACCAUGUGUGUAUUCAAAGUAAAGAAAACAAGAGAAAAAGAAACAAACAUUGUUAGUGGGAUAUACAGAGAAAAUCCACAAAUCUUAAAGAGGAAAGAGAUCCUACCCAUUAUUUUUCAGUAAGAGUUUAACAGAUUAACAUACAUGAAAGACAUAGAAAU